CGUCGAUCCUGUGUCCCAUUUUGAUUAAUGUACCGUGGUCAUACGAGUUGGGGAAUGUGUCUAUGGGCAAGCUCACCAUAGCCAUGGCUCUUGGGAAGACAUCACCAUCAUAAUUGGACUCGCAGAAUUCAACCAAAGAUAGCUAAACGUCUCACGAUAGCGGACUUCGACCCCGGAGACAAGAUACGAAUCGCUAUUCUGGGACCAUCAGACGUACUCAUCAGACCAGAUUUUGUUUGAAGUGCAUUGGAAUGGAGAAUAUAGCGCAGAAAUCGAAAGCGAGUAUAUGUAGGUUAGCUGUCCGGCCGGUCUAUAAAUAUGUCCUCAAGCUCCCCUGAAAGUCCUUGAAAUCAUCAACAACAACUCCAUUAAUCAAUCAACCAAUAUUACCACAAACCAAAUCUCUUUAAGAGCCUUCCUCCGUCUUUCAAACCAAACCAAACCAUCAAAAUGAAGACCAACUUCCUCAUCAUCCUCGCCGCAGUCGCCGUCGGCGUCUUCGCCAACUCCGAAGCCAACCCCGAAGCCAACGUUGAAGCCAGCGUCGACGCCAACACUGAAGCCAAUAUCGAAGCCGACCUCGACUUCGAAGCUGGCUCGCAGGGAGACGGCCUCGUCAAGCGCGCAGCCUGCCACAAGCCCAGCAAGUGCGGUGUGCUAUGGGCUGGAGGUUGCGAACGUUAUUGCCUUCCUCAUAAAUUCUCCCACAUGACUAGCAGUGGCUGCCCGAUUCUUGCCAAGAGGUGUUGCUGCAAGUGAUUCG